CCGGACUCAACUCUGCUGAGGAAGUCGGAAGUUGGCCCGUGUGCUGUGCUGUGGGCUUCCCUGUGCUGAGAGUGUAGGCAAGCUUGUCUGCUACACCAUGGGACAUGCACCAUAUGUGUGCCUGGUGCUCCUAGUAGGCAGAGGAUGGUCUCAGAACCCCUGAAAUUGGAGUUAUGGAUAGUUGUGAGCUAUAAUGCAGUGACCUAUGAUGAUGUGCAUGUCGACUUUACUUGGGAUGAGUGGGCUUUGCUGGACCCUUCCCAGAAGAGUCUCUACAAAAAUGUGAUGCUGGAGACCUACAGGAACCUCACUGCUAUAGGCUACAAAUGGGAAGACCAUAAUAUUAAUGACAAAUUUCAAAGAUCUAGAAGAAACAGAAGGCAUGAAAGAAGUCAUACUGGAGAGAAGAAACCCUAUGAAUGCAAUCAAUGUGGUAAAGCCUUCUCACAGCAGAGCAAUCUCCAAAUACACAGAAGAACUCAUACUCAAGAGAAACCCUAUGAGUGUAAUCAUUGUGGGAAAGCUUUUGCCCGUUACACUCAUCUUCAAAGCCAUAAAAGAAUUCAUACUGGAGAGAAACCCUAUGUAUGUAAUCAGUGUGGUAAAGCUUUUUCACAACAGAGUCAUCUCCAAGUUCAUACAACAAUUCAUACUGGAGUGAAACCCUAUGAAUGUAAUCAGUGUGGGAAAGCCUUUGCAUGUUACAGUUAUCUUCAAAGUCAUAAAAUAAUUCAUAUUGGAGAGAAACUCUAUGAAUGUAAUCAGUGUGGGAAAGCUUUUGCACGUAACAGUAAUCUUGAAAGGCAUAAAAUAACUCAUACAGGAGUAAAACCAUAUGAAUGUAAUCAAUGUGGGAAAGCCUUUUCUCGACAGAGUUAUCUCCAAAUACAUAAAAGAACCCAUACUGGAGAGAAACCCUAUGAAUGUAAUCAAUGUGGGAAGGCCUUUUCACGACAGAGUUAUCUCCAAAUACAUAAAAGAACCCAUACUGGAGAGAAACCCUAUGGAUGUAAGCAAUGUGGUAAAUCUUUUGCAGAUUACACUUAUAUUAGAGUACAUGAAAAAAUUCACACUGGAGUGAAACUAUAUGAAUGUAAUCAGUGUGGGAAAUCCUUUUCACAACAGGGUUAUCUCCAAGUUCAUAAAAGAAUUCACACUGGAGAGAAACCCUAUGAAUGUAAUCAAUGUGGAAAAACUUUUGCACGUCACAGAAAUCUUCAAAGACAUAAAAGAAUUCAUAUUGGACAGAAGCCCUAUGAAUGUAGUUAAUGUGAGAAAACCUUUUCACAAGAGAAUCAUCUCCAAGUUCAUAAAAGAAUUCAUCUGAGAGAGAAACCCUAUGAAUCUAAGCAACAUGGUAAAGCUUUUGCAUGUCACAGUUACCUCAAAGGCAUGAAAGAAUUCAUAUUGGAGAGUAACCCUAUGAGUGUAAUCAGUGUCAUAAAGUCUUUGCAUUUCACCAUAGUCUUUGAAACCAUGAAAGAGUUCAUCCAGGAGUGAAACCUGUAGUGUUUAAUCAAUCUGUUAAAGUCUUCAUAUAUUAGAGCAGUUUUUGAGGACAUGAAAGAACUAACACUGAAGGGGAAUCUAUGAGUAUAAAGGAUUUGGUAAGAUCUUUAGCCAACAAGCUUACAUUUAGUUACUCAAGGUUAUUUAUUGUGGAGAUAAAAUCUGACAAGUGUCAACAAUCUAUUCAAGCAUUAAAAUGCCCUUUUUUAUUUUGUUUUCACCUACUAACUCAUAUGGAUCAAAACCCUGUGCAUUUAAUUAGUAAGACAACCUUUUAGAUAACAUACUUCUCUUCAAUUAAAUAAAAUAACUCAUCCAGGAGUAAAACUUUAUGGAUGUAUACUAGUCUUUUCUCUUCCUGUGAUAAAACACAAUGUCUAAGGCAACUUUAAAAAAGAGCUCAAAUUGGCUUAUGGUUCCAAAGCAAAACAAGUUCAUCAAGAGAGAGGCUUGGCAACAAGUGUCAGAAAUAACAGCUCAAGCAGGAAGCUCAGAGCUCACAUCCUCAACAUGAAGCAGGGAGCAGAGAGUGGGAACUGAAAUGGUGUGAGGAUUUUAAUAUCUCAAAAUCCACCACCAGUGACAUAUUUUCUAAACUUUUCCAAAUGAUACCAACAACUGAGAAGUAUUGAUUCUCUGACUUUUAAGCCUGCAUGGUUACUUUUUGUUAUAUGAACCAAUUCAUGAUAAAGAAAAAAUUCUGUAGGUAAGCCUUUAGAUGCUUCAACAUCUGGGUUACAGGCAUGAACGCUUACAUAAGAAAAAUAGUCCUGAGUGGAAAUGAUUAAUGAUUCACUUUAAUUUUUAUUUUGUUAUGUCAAUGUGUCUUUGGAUAGAUGCAUGUGCUUGGUGGUUCCCAAGAAGGGUAGACCCUGUAGUCUUCUUGGAUUUCUACCUGGAAUUACAGGAAGUUGUCAAAAACCUCACCUGGAUUCUGGUCAGGAACUCGCCUUCACUGCUUGGCCCUGUCUCUAUCCCUGUAAAUAUUUUAAAGCUUUUAUAUAUCAUCUGGACAUUAGGAAAUAGGGAAGAAUUCAUAGACAAGAGAAAUCCUGGACAUGUAAACAAUAUAGUAAAGCCUUUAGACAUCAAAACUGUCUUCAGUUUCAAGGGAAAAAAAUCUUGUUUCAUCUCAUUGUUAUCAUAGCCUUGAAGCAAAUAAAUUGUUUACUAUGUUCACUAAACUCUGAUGGGAGGUCACAGUAAUGUGGUUUGUGUUUUGAAACUUUUGGAGUAGGUAUUGAAAUGUUCUGUAUAUGUGACAAAUUCACUGAAGUUUAUUUGGUGGUUCAUAUAUUCCUUCUUUCACCUCUGUUCAUCUUCUGUUGUGCUUUGACUUGAUGGGUAUUUUUCUGCUGAAAUAUAUAGAAUGAGAUGCUUAUCAUCUAAGGGUCCCUUGUUUAUUUAAAUAUCUGGUAGUAUAUGAUCAUAAUUUUCAAGUAAAGGUGUCUAUGAAAGGGUAGUGGGUUUUUGUUUCUGAUUUUUUUUUCACACUUUCACAAAUUCCCUUUAGAUGUUGUUUGUUAUUUAGCCUGUCGUGGAUGUCAGUAAUUCAUCAGCACUACAUUUGAACUCAUGAUUCUCAUGUGUCAGCCUCCUGAGUACAAGUCCAAGUGUAGAAGAUAUACCCCUAAUAUGUCCUGUUUUGGCAAUGCAUUUUAACAAUGUUAAUGUUAAAAUGCUUAAUAGAAAAGAAUAUUAGAAACACUGAAUACCUCAUGUGUGUACCCAAAGCAGCAUUUUCAUCUUUCUGGUAGAGAUAUAAGAAAGCAAAAUAAUCAGCAAUCAACUGUAUAUCUCAUAACAUAACUUGAUGUGCUAUGUAUAUGUAUAUAUCUUUGACAUUCCUGCCUUUUCAUGAUCCAGUUUAUAAUCCAUAUGCCACUCCAUCUUGAAGUAUUGUCUCCUAAAGGAAUUAUCUAGAGAUGUAAGACAAGAGAUUUGUUUUCUGAAAUGUAUUUCUGUUGUGUGUGGGUGGGUAUAAUGUGAUUAUGGGUUUGAAUGGGUGACACAUAUGUUGGGACCAGAACAAAACUUUGUGGGGUUUCUUUUGGCCCUCUUCAAAUGGUGAUCAAGGUCAGGUUACCAGCCUUGCAUACCAGAGUAAUUUUUUCCUAAUGAGGCAGCUCACUAGUGCUCAAAUAAGGUUAGUAGAAACAAUACAUCAAUAUUCCUAUUCAAAUUGUAAAUACAUUGUCAUCUAAGGAUUGAGGAACACAGUAUAAUUUGAAUAAUGAAUUCUACUUGCAAAUAGAUAUAUUUAUACUGCCAUCUUUUUCUAUUGUGUUAGUUUAUUCUGAGGACUAGACACUUGUUGAUAACACUUUCUCAGAACCACAAAUGAAUGCUAGAGAAUUGUCUCAGUGUGUAAAGGUUUCUACUAAGUCUGACUAAACCUGAGGACCUGUGUUCACUCUGUGAUAUCCACACUAUUCCUGCAAGUUUUUCUCUUAUUUCUACACUUGGGCUCUUGUGUGUGCACAGCCAAACACUAGCACAGAGAAAAAUAAUUUUUGAACCCAAAUAAGGCCAGUGAGGUCACUUGUAACCAAACUUGACUACCUACAUUUGAUUGCUAGAAUUCCCAUAGACAGAAUAGUAAUUGACAGUUGUAAGUUGUCUUGUAAGUUUCACAUGCAUACCAUGGCACAAGUGUAUACACACAGUUAAAAGUUUAAGAAGUUUAAAUUAACAAAAUAAAGAAAAUAACCAAAAUAUUCAGAACAUAUGAAAUGGUUUACCAAUUGAAAUUAAUGCAUUGUCGAAUUUUAAGAUUUACUGUUCCUCAAAACCAUGAUGGUUCCUGUUUAAAGUUUACAUUAUCAUUUCAUUCUCUGAUUCAAAGGUCAAAGAAGAGAAAGAUCCAUAACUCCAAUUACAGAAAUUUUUAAUAUAGUCUGGCUAGACUGAUUUGUUGAGUAGAGACUCAACAAAACCUUUCAUUGUCUUUACCCACAUCAGGAGAAAUGUGUUAACCAUGUAAAUAAGAAGCAAUGUGGAAAAUUCACUCACAAAGGGCUAGAUAUCCAUUGACUCCUUCAAUGACCAUGUAGCAGGGGCUUUCAUUAUUUUCAAUUGAUAGAUAACAGAAGGAGUAAUGGAGCAUCUUCAUCUUCUGCAUUAUAAUGACAUAUUUGUAGGUGGAGAGUUGGCUCAGUAGUACUGGUCAUGUUAGAUACCCAAUUUGGUACCUAGCACCCACAGCAGCUGGUCCAUACUAUCUAUAAUUGCAGGCCCAGGAGAUAUGGUGUGCUCUGUUUGCCUCCUUGGACACCAGGUAUGCAAAUGAUGUAAAGAGAAAUACAUGUGACUCCAUAUUAUAAAAAGAUUUCUUCAUGUAAGUGUUAUUGUCUAAUUCAAAUUAAUUUAAUUUAGGUGUAUAAAUUUUGCUAAUGUGUGUGCUGGUUGCAUGCCAGGUACCAGUGGUGGCCAGAAGAUUGUAUUAGCUCCCUCAUGACUGAAGAUACUGAGAGGUGUGAGCUGUCUUGUGUGUGCUGGAAAACAAAGACCCUCUGGACAAAAAAAUCCAGUGUUCUUAGCUGCUGAGCCAUCUAUUCAGCCCUAUAUACAUGUCAUUAAUAGCAGUAAGAUGUAAAUGGCUGUUUUUCAGUUCAUCUUUACCUCAGCCCUGGUGAUCCAGAAGAAAUAAAAAUGGAUAACAUCAGAAAUUUAACUUAACUUGGUGUUUUGAAAAUUUUCUGAGCCAAAAUCUCCAAAAAAUGAGGGAAGAAUGCAAAGAAUAUUCAGGAGAGAAUAUGACAAUAGAAGUCCUAAAGUAUCUGACCAUUUGACAAAAGCCACAAGACUGAGUUUAUCUCAAACAUGAUAAAUAGGCAGCAGUUGGAGCCCACAAGGACAUAGAUCAGGUGUUCCCAAGUGUAUGGCUCCUUAAUGGAGAAAAAAACGAUUUGCAGGCAUGAAGAUAGACUUGUCUAAAAGGGAGUGUAUUCUGCUUCCCUGAUGCCUGUGAAUAGACUAGAAAAUGUGAAGAAAAUCAUUGUUUUAGUGCAUGAUUGGGAAAAAGCAGACAGCAAACAUGGACCAAAGGAUUCUUUAGAGAAAAAAUCUUGGAGAUUUCAGGUGAGAAGCUGGGGCUACACAUUAAGUCCCAGCAUAGCUUCGAUCUCUGGCCUGUAGCUGUAAACUUGCCUGCUGGCAACAGCUUUUUUAGCACAUGAUGUUAAUUUCUUUUGGUUCUGGUAGGGCCUGUGCUUGGCCAAGAAUGGUUCUAGACUGAUGCAAAUUUUACAUGAGCCUUCAAAACCUAACAAUUUAAAAGUGCCAGAUUUCUUUAAUGCCUUGUCAGUUUUGGAGGCACAUACAUGGCUAAGAAAAUUUACUUCCCUCUUGAAUCCAUUAAAUAUAUCAGAUAAUGAAAUGUGUCAAAAAAAUAAAUCAAAGCUAACACACACCAUAGUAGUCUGGUGUCACCUCUUUAGUAUAAAUGGGAUAAUCCCCUGAGGCCUCAGUGGCAGCAGGAAGUUAUGGAUGUCUCCAUUUUGUUUUAUGCAACAGUAACCAAGAAGUCACAUGGCAUUGACAUUUAUCAUGAAACCAUUAGCAAAGAAGAUGGUUAAUUCAUAAGGCUGCUUUCAUUGUGAUGAGGUCACCAACCAAGUGGGAGCAAAACACAUGGUUCCUUUUUGCUCAAGGUUAGCUCAGCUCCAUGAGAAGGUGAGCCCAUCCCCCAUCACACAAAAUCUCUGCAGGAUUCAAACAUCACAAGUUAAAUGUCCAUUAUUGCUCCAUAAUCACAAUCCUUUUGAGCAAUUCUUUGCUUUUCUGCUUUCCAUAUAACUUUAGAAACAGCUUUUUCUUUAAUGAAUAGUUGGAAGUUUUCUUUGGGUAUGUGGAAUUUAUGCUACAAAUUGAACACAUCCAACAUCUUAAUAUUGAGUCAUCAUGUAUACAAGGAUCAUCAAUGACUUACCAUUCAUUUAGUUCUUUUAUUGUUUUGUGAAUAUGUGAAAGACUUUUAGUUUAUUGCAUGAAAUGUACUUUAGGGCUGGACAGCAUAUACUCCUCUUGGGGAUUAUUUGUGUUCACAUCCCAAAUAUCCAUGUUGGGAGGCUCAUAUGUACCUGCUGCUCCAGAUCCAGGAUAUCUGACAAACUUCUUUUCUCAUGUGUCACCUGAAUAUACAUAAAAGACGUUCUUUCUCACACACAAACAUACAUAAGAUGGAAUUCAACUAUUUUCAAAAGUGCAUAUGGUGCAUAAAGCAACUGGAGCAAAACAAGUUGCUUUAAGUGUAUAUUACAAAGUAUACAAAUUUUCUUUUAAAAUCUGUUAUCUUGCUUUUGGUUUUAAAAGAUUUGCAUGAUAGAGAAUUUCAACCAGAAAUUAAUCAUAAGAAACAUAAAAUAGUGUCUAAGUGAUCACAAAAAAGAUAUAAUUUCCUUUAUAGUAAGAGAAUGAAAUAGAUUUUAUUAGUUAAAACUAUUAUGUGCAAUGUUGAAACAUCAGAAUUAUCAAGUAAGUGUCAAAUUUUGAAAGAAGAGCCUCACAAACAUACCAUUUCUAUAACUGGCAAGCAGAAUACUAGAGUGCACAAGUGUGAGUCCUGGCCUGUGGUUUGUUUUUAUUGUUGUUUUCUUAAAAUUCUGUACUUCUUUGUUUAAAGGACCAUGAUAUAUUUGUAGGUUUGUAUCUUUCAUCAGUGGUGCUAUCUCUUUCAAAUGUAUUUAGCUUGGUGAAUAGAAUAGAGAGUAUGCUUAAAUGAAACAAAUUGUCUUUGCUAGUUUAAGAGGCCAUUUUGCUUUCAGUUGUAGUUUGCAACAUGAAUAUUGUUGAGUAAGUAUGCUCAGAAAGAACACAUUGCCUUUUCUAGGAAAAUAGGCCACUUAUUUUUCAACUAUUGUUAGCAAAGUGAUUAGAAUAAUGAGUUGCUUAGAAUAAAUGCACUCUAUUGGCUGGGAAAAGAGGCCACUUCACUUUCAACUGUAUUUAGCAAUAUGAGAAGAGUAAUGAGUUCACUUACAAUAAACACAUUGUCUUUGCUAGAAAAAAGGCCACCUCUCUUUCAACUGUAUUUAGCAAUGUGACUAGAAGAGUAAGUAUGCUCAGAUAAAACACAGUCUUUGCUAGGAAAACAAGCAACUUCUCUUUAAAUUGUACUUAGCAAUGUUAAUAGUGAGUAUGCACAAAAGGAACACAUUGUCCUUGCUAAGAGGACAUUUAUCUCUUUCAACUGGAUUUAACAAUAUAAAUAGAAUAGUGUGUAUCCUUCAAAGAAGCACAUUAUCUUUGCUAGUUAAAGAGGCCACAUCUCUUUCAAUUGUAUUCAGCAAUAUGAAUAGAGUAGAGAGUAGACUUAGAAGAAAUUCAUUGUCAGUGCUAGUAAAACAGGAAAUUUCUUUUUCAACUGUAGUCAGCAAAGUGAAUAGAAUAGUGAAUUCAUUUACAAUAAACACAUUGUCUUUGCUGGGAAAAGAGGCCACUUCUCUUUAAACUGUACUUAGCAAAGUGAAUAGAACAGUGAAUACAUAUAGAAGAAAGUAUUGUACUUUUUAGGAAAGGGGAACACUUCUCUUUCAAAUGUAUUCAGAAAUGUGAAUAGAAUAGUGAGUACUCUUAGAUGAAAUGCAUUGACUUUGCUAGGAAAAGGAGACAUUUCUCUUUCAAGAAUAGUUACCAAUGUGAAUAGAAUAGAGUACACUUAACAGAAAUGCAUUGUCUUUGCUAGGAAAAGAGGCCACUUCUUUUUCAACUGUAUUUAGCAAUAUGAAUAGAAUACUGAGUAAGUUUAGAAGAACCAAAUUAUCUUUGCUAUGAAAUGUGGCCACUUCUCUUUCAAGUGUGUUUAGCAAUAGUGAGUAGAAUAGUGAAUACUUUUAGAAUAAAUGUAUUGUCUUUGCUAGGAAAAGAGGUCAAUUCUCAUUCUUCUUCAGCUGUGUUUAGCAAUGUGAAAAGAAUAGUGAGUACUCUUAGAAGACACAUUGACUUUGCAAGUAAAAGAGUCCAUUUCUUUUUCAACUGUAGCUGGCAAAGUGAAUAUAAUAGUGUGUACACUUAGAAUAAAUGCAUUGCCUUUGCUAGGAAAGGGGGCCAAUUCUCUUUCAACUGUAUUUAAAUGUGAAUAGAAUGGUGAGUAUGCUUCAAAUAAACACAUUGUUUUUGCUAGGAAAAGAGGCCACUUCUCUGUCAAAUACAUUUAGCUUGGUGAAUAGAAUAGAAUAGAGAGUAUGCUUAAAUGAAAUGAAUUGUCUUCACUAGCCAUAUGAAUAGAAUAGUGAGUUUGCUCAGAAGAAACACAUUGUCUUUUCUAGGAAAAGAGGCAACUUAUUUUUCAACUCUAGUUAGCAAAGUGAUUAGAAUAGUGAGCUGCUUAGAAUAAACACAUUAUAUUGGCUGGGAAAAGAGGCCACUUCUCUUUCAAUUGUAUUUAGCAAUGUAUAUAAAAUAGUACUGUAAGAAUAAAUGCAUUAUCUUUGUUAGGAAAAGGGGCCACUCCUCUUUCAAAUGUAUUUAGCAAUGUGAGUAGAAUAGUGAGUAUGCUUAGAAAAAGUACAUUGUCUUUGAUAGGAAAAGUGGACACUUUUCAUUCAACUGUAUUUGGCAAUGUGAAUAGAAGAGUGAGUAUGAUUAGAAUAUUCACAUUGUCUUUGCUAGGAAAAGAGGACACUUCUCUUUCAACUGUAUUCAGCAAUGUGAAUAGAAUAGUGUGCAAGCUUGGAAGAAACAUUGUCUUUGCUAGGAAAAGAGGCCCCUUCUAUUCAACUAUAUUAAACAAUGUGAAUAGAACAGUGGCUGCUUCUUUUUCAAAUAUAUUUAUCCAGGUAAAUAUAAUGGUGAGUACAGUUAGAAGAAACACACUGUCUUUGCUAAGAAAAGGAGACAUUUCUCUUUCAAAUGGACUUGGCAAUGUGAAUAGGAUAGUGAAUAUUCUUAGAAGAAACACAAUGUCUUUGCUAGGAAAUGGAGGGCAUUUCCCUUUUAACUGUAGUUAGCAAUGUGUAGAGUAGUGAGUGCUCUUAGAAGAAGAAACACAUUGACUUAGGAAAAGAGACCACUUCUCUUUCAAUUGCAUUUAGCAAUGUAAUUAUACUAGUGAGUACACUUAAAGAAACACAUUGUCUUUGCUAGGAAGAGUGGCUACUUCUCUUUUACCUAUUUUUAUCAAUGUAAAUAAAAUAACAAGUAUGCUUAGAAAAAAUGCACUGUCUUUGCUAGUAAAAGAGGUCACUUCUCUUUUAUUUGUAUUCAGCAAUGUGAAUAGAAUAGUGAGUAUGCUCAAAAGAAAUACAUUGUCUUUGCUAGGACAAGAGGCAACUUUUCUUUCAAUCAGACUUAGCAAUGUUAAUAUAAUAGUGAGUAAGCUCCGAUGAAACACAUUGUUUUUGCGAGGAAAAGAGUCUAUUUUUCUUUCAACUGUGGCUGGCAAAGUGAAUAUAAUAAUGAGUAGCUAAGAAUAUUGUCUUUGCUAGGAAAAAGGGCCACUUAUCUUUCAAUUGUAUUGAGCAAUGUGAAUAGAAUGGUGAGUAUGCUCAGAAGAAAUAUAUUUUCUUUUCUAGAAAAAUGGGCCAUUUCUCCCUUAUUUGUAUUCAGUAAUGUGAAUAGAGUAGUGAGUGUGCUUAGAAGAAAUGCAUUGUCUUUGUUAAUAAAAUAGUCCAUUUCCCUUCAACUGUAGUUAGAAAUGUGAAUAGAAUAGUAUGCUCACAAGAAAUGCAUUGUCUUUGCUAGGAAAAGAGGCAACUUCUCUUUUAAUUGUAUUUAGAAAUGUGAAUUGAGUAGUGAGUAUGCUCUGAUGAAAACACAUUGUCUUUGCUAGGAAAAGAGGCAACUUAUCUUUCAACUAUAUUCAGCAAUGUGAAUAGAGUAAUGUGUAUUAUAGGAAGAAAUGCAUUGUCAAUGCUAGCAAAAGAGGCCAUUUCUUUUUCAACUGUAGUUAGCAAAGUGAAUAUAAUAGUAUGCUAAGAAGAAACACCUUGUCUUUGCUAGGAAAAAGGGGUAAUUUCUCUUUCAACUUUAUUUAUCAAUGUGACUAGAAUAUUGAGUAUGCUUUGAGGAAACACAUUUUCUUUUCUAGAUAAAAGGCCACUCCUAUUUGUAUUGUCUCUGCUAAGAAGAGACCAUUUCUCUUUCAGGUGAAUAGAAUAGUGAGUAUGUUUAGAAGAAAAGCUUGUCUUUGCUAGUAAAAGAGGCCAUUUCUAUUUCAAUUGUGUUUAGCAAUGUGAAUACAAUUGUGAUUACAUUUAGAAGAAUGGAUAAAGAGAAGGGGCAACUUCUCUUUCAACUGCAUUUAGCAAUGUGAAUAGAAUAGUGAGGAUGCUUACAAGAAAUGCAUGGUCUUUGCUAGGAAAAGAGGCCACUUCUUUUUCAACUCUAUUCAUCAAUCUGAAGAAAUUCAUUGUAAAUGAAUAGAAUAAAUAAAUAAAAUGAAUAAAUAAUUGAAUAGUGAAUAUGGUUAGAAAAAAAAUACAUUGUCUUUUCUAGGGAAAGAGCCCUGAUCUCUUUCAACUGUGUUUAGCAAUGUGACAUUUUGGAUCAGUCCAUUCUUUGCCAGAGAGACUACCUUGUAUUGUAAAUUUGUUAUUAUACCUGCUAGGUUAGCUAGCCACACACCUCCAACCAUGGCAUUCAGAAAUGUCUGGUGAGUGGUGGUGCAGAUAGAGGAACUUCUGUAAAUGCCUCCUGUCUGGUGAUGGUAGGCUGCAGUUGCAGCUCCAGGUGCCCCAGUUCCUAUAUCAUCUGCUGUCUUUUGACUUAACAGGUAUUUGAAGUAUCAUUUCAAAUUUUCUUCUGAACAUUUUGACCUGUACAUGUUUCCUUUUUGCCAUAUAGAACCCAAGAGUAUUUUUCUUUCUUUUUUUUGAAAGAUUUAUUUAUUUAAUGUAUGUGAGUGCUCUAUCUGCAUGUACACAUUUGUGUCAGAAGAGGGCAUGAAAUCCCUAUAUAGAUGGUUGUGAGCCACCAUGUGGUUGCUGGGAAUUAAACUUAGGACCUCUGGGGGAGCAGCCAGUGCUCUUAACUACUGAGCUAUCUCUCCAGCCCCUGGGGACUUUUUUCUUUAAGGAAAUAAAAGUUGUAGGUAAUUAAAUGGAAGGGCUAGAAAUGGGGAUAUUCCUGAUGCAUCUGUCUUUGAAGGUUUCUUUUAUAGUAGUAUCUUCUUUGUAUAAGGAAAAUAGAAUAAGAUUAUAAUAGUUUGAUGCACAUACAAAUUGGUAAUUUACUGAUGUGUCUGUACAGGAUUUUGUACACAACUCCCAUAGUCCAACCUACAUCUUUUAUUGGUACUUUGUAUAACAUACUGAAUCUAUAUAUUAGAUUACUGGUGAGUUUCUUUUGAUACAGUUGAGUACAUUUUGGUGGCAAACUUGAGGGAACUGUGGUCAUUUUAUAUUGACAACUUUAAAACUGACUUAGAUCUUGAAAGUCUGUUCUUUGUACCUUCUUGAUCUCAGAGUUAGAAGAGCUGUGGAUUAGAAAAAAAAACAUAUUCAAUAGUGGCAUCCUUUAGAAGACUUUCAUGAUUUUUCACAUCCUCUCAAUCUUAUGGAUUGACUCUAGGCAAUCAAUUUACCAUGAGCUACACUCACAGCACUGUUUUUCAUUUUAAUUGUUGUUAUUGUAUGUAUCUAUGGGCUAUAGUGUGACAUUUCAUUGCAUAUCUCCAGUUUAUGAUGACUAGCUUAGGAUAAUUGGCACAUUCAAAAUCUCUUGACUAGCAAUUUUGAAAUAAUUCAUAUUAGUUAUUUUGUAGAAGUUUUGUGUGUCUAUAACUACAGUAAUUACCUUAUAGUUUAUUGGCAUCUUGUCUCUGUUUAAUUGUAAUCUCAACAAUAUUAUGAACAAGAAUAAAUGGCUUUCUCUCAUAA